AUGCCUGCUGACCAGGACUCCCUCUACGGUCAACCACGUUCAAAAAAGAACAAAACUGAACAAACUACCACCUCAAGCCUCGCCUUCACCUCCCAACUCUCUUCACUCAUCGCCCAAGAUGCGACCUCGGGUUCAUCGCGUGGGCGCCAGCGUCCCUCCAAGAAUCCAAAGUCAGACAUCUUUUCAAAGCACAACAAAGGCACCCAGAAGCGCGCAGCUGCCGAUCUUGCAGACGACAACAGGGCCGUCAAGCAAGUCCACAGAAGCACCCAGGACAUUGGCUCCGUCGACGCCAACACACUCAGCCGGUCUCGACGCCGCAUGCAGGAAAAAGCGCGCCUUUACGAUGAUAUGAAAAAGGGACUGCAUCUUGCCGGCGACAGUGAUGAUGAUGACAUGCCGAUUGAUCCAUCCGACCCGGACGCCUACCUAGCCCGACUACGACGCAAGGAGAAAGAUGCACUGGUUGAUUUCGAUCUCAAGCACGCAAACGAGGAAGCGUUCAAGCAAGAUGAAUCUGAUGACGAUAAUGCAUCCAUUAUUUCCUACGAAGACGAAUUUGGCCGUUCUCGCCGUGGCACUCGCGCCGAAGCUGCCGAAGCUUCUCGCGCCAAGGAUGAAGAAGCAGGUGGCAAAGCUGCCCAGGAACGCUGGCGCCCUGCUCGCCCUGACAAUUUGAUUUACGGAGAGGCCGUUCAGACUGAAGCCUUCAACCCCGACGCCAACAUUGCGUCCCACAUGUCCCAUCUCGCUGCUCGUCGUGACCGCUCGCCUACCCCACCGGAAAAGAAGCAUUACGAUGCCGAAGAAGAGGUUCGCAACCGUGGAACUGGAUUCUAUAACUUUUCUACCGACGAGGAAGAGCGUAAAAAGCAGAUGGAAGAACUCCGAGUUCUGCGAGAGGAGACUUUGUUCAAGCGGAAAACCCUCGAAGAGCAGAUGGCUGAGCGCAAGGCUCAUCUAGAGUGGAGAUGCAAAGAGAUCCAGAGACUUGGUGAAGAACAGGCGGAGAGAUGGCGCCUAGAGGAUCUUGAAGCCGAACGCAACCCACCUAAGGCAGAAGCAACGCCUCCACCUAAACCACAGCCCACAAAAUGGUUGUACGAUCCGUCAGACCCACCAUUUGACCCAACUACAUGCCCACUAUGGCGACGAUACAUGGUCAUGGUCUAUCCUGAACCAAAUGAUAUCCCCGACUCUACAACGGAUAAGGGCAAGGACAAGGACAUUUCCUAG